GCCUUCUCUGCUGUCCGCUGCGGCUGGAGGGAGGGCGCGUGUGGCAUUCUGGUGGACCUUUCCUUUGCAGGUGUGUCUUUGUUUGGAGGGGGAGGGAACAUAGUGUUUUUCAUUAAUGUCAGGAGGGUCUCUUAUGUGACUUUGUACCUUGACAAGUUCAGAUGUACUUUUGUCUCCCUUUCCCUGUGAGACCCCCAAAACUGAAUUCUGGGUUUGUCAAGAUCGGCAGAUGCACUUGGGGCACACACGGGUCUAGUGCUCCAUUUACUUCUCUGCGUUCCGGCUUUCUCUUAGAUUUUGGCCUGACUAACUUGUGAUGCCUUUAAGAAUAAGCUUUUUUGGAUUUUUUUUUCUUUUUUUUUUGUAUAGUAUUUUUUUUAGUUGGAGGGUUAGUGUAACUGGAAAUGAAAAUAAAAAGGUUUUUUUCUUUUAAUUUUGGGAAAUGCUCAGUAGAGUGAUUUUCAUUAAAUAGAUAAGUUAAUUACUAUAAAUUAGACAGUUAUAAAUUAUCUUGGGAGGGCACAGUUUGCUUUCUGUGUUUAUCAUGAAUGUAGUAUAUGCAUAUUUUCUGGUUUGCAUCUAAUAGUUUUCUCGUUUUAGGGGUAAAAAUAUUUCCAUCAUGGCUCAUUCAAAGUCGAGGACCAAUGAUGGAAAAAUUACUUAUCCUCCUGGUGUCAAGGAAAUCUCAGAUAAAAUAUCUAAAGAGGAGAUGGUGAGACGGUUAAAGAUGGUUGUGAAAACUUUCAUGGAUAUGGACCAGGACUCUGAAGAAGAAAAGGAGCUUUAUCUAAACCUAGCUUUACAUCUUGCGUCAGAUUUCUUCCUCAAGCAUCCUGAUAAAGAUGUCCGCUUGCUUGUGGCUUGCUGCCUCGCUGAUAUUUUCAGGAUCUAUGCUCCUGAAGCCCCUUACACAUCCCCCGAUAAGCUAAAGGAUAUAUUUAUGUUUAUAACAAGGCAGUUGAAGGGGCUAGAGGAUACAAAGAGCCCACAAUUCAAUAGGUAUUUUUAUUUACUUGAGAACAUUGCUUGGGUCAAGUCGUAUAACAUAUGCUUCGAGUUAGAAGAUAGCAAUGAAAUUUUUACUCAACUAUACAGAACAUUAUUUUCAGUCAUAAACAAUGGCCAUAACCAGAAAGUUCAUAUGCACAUGGUCGACCUCAUGAGCUCUAUUAUUUGUGAAGGUGAUACAGUAUCUCAGGAGCUUUUGGAUACAGUUUUGGUAAACUUGGUGCCUGCCCAUAAGAAUUUGAACAAGCAAGCAUAUGAUUUGGCCAAGGCUUUAUUGAAGAGGACGGCUCAAGCUAUUGAACCCUACAUUACCAAUUUUUUUAACCAGGUUCUGAUGCUUGGGAAAACGUCUAUCAGCGACUUGUCAGAGCACGUCUUUGACUUAAUUUUGGAGCUCUACAAUAUCGACAGUCAUUUGUUGCUCUCUGUUUUACCCCAGCUUGAAUUUAAGUUAAAGAGCAAUGAUAAUGAAGAACGCCUGCAAGUUGUUAAACUCCUGGCAAAAAUGUUUGGGGCAAAGGAUUCAGAAUUGGCUUCUCAAAACAAACCGCUGUGGCAGUGCUACUUGGGCAGGUUUAAUGAUAUCCAUGUGCCAAUUCGCCUGGAAUGUGUGAAAUUUGCUAGCCAUUGUCUCAUGAACCAUCCUGAUUUGGCAAAGGACUUAACAGAGUAUCUUAAAGUGCGGUCACAUGACCCCGAGGAAGCUAUUAGACACGAUGUUAUUGUGUCUAUAGUUACAGCUGCUAAAAAGGACAUUCUGCUGGUCAACGAUCACUUACUGAAUUUUGUGAGAGAGAGAACAUUAGACAAACGGUGGCGCGUACGCAAAGAAGCCAUGAUGGGAUUGGCCCAGAUUUAUAAGAAAUACGCUUUACAGUCGGCAGCUGGAAAGGACGCUGCCAAGCAGAUUUCCUGGAUCAAAGACAAAUUACUGCACAUAUAUUAUCAAAAUAGUAUUGAUGAUCGGCUGCUUGUUGAGCGCAUCUUUGCUCAAUACAUGGUUCCCCACAAUUUGGAAACUACAGAACGGAUGAAGUGCUUGUAUUACUUGUAUGCCACACUGGAUUUAAAUGCUGUGAAAGCAUUGAAUGAAAUGUGGAAGUGUCAAAAUCUGCUCCGACAUCAAGUAAAGGAUUUGCUCGACUUAAUUAAGCAACCCAAAACAGAUGCCAGCGUCAAGGCCAUAUUUUCAAAGGUGAUGGUUAUUACAAGAAAUUUGCCAGAUCCUGGUAAGGCUCAGGAUUUCAUGAAGAAAUUCACACAGGUCUUAGAAGAUGAUGAGAAAAUAAGAAAACAGCUAGAAGUGCUUGUUAGUCCAACAUGCUCCUGCAAGCAGGCUGAAAGUUGUGUGCGUGAAAUAACUAAGAAGUUGGGCAACCCCAAACAGCCUACGAAUCCUUUCCUAGAGAUGAUCAAGUUUCUCUUGGAGAGGAUCGCACCUGUGCACAUAGAUACUGAAUCUAUCAGUGCCCUUAUUAAGCAAGUGAACAGAUCGAUAGACGGGACAGCAGAUGAUGAAGACGAGGGUGUCCCCACGGAUCAGGCCAUCAGGGCGGGCCUUGAACUGCUUAAGGUCCUCUCAUUUACACAUCCCAUCUCGUUUCAUUCUGCGGAAACCUUCGAGUCUCUCCUGGCUUGUCUGAAGAUGGAUGAUGAGAAAGUAGCAGAAGCUGCACUACAAAUUUUCAAAAACACGGGAAGCAAAAUUGAAGAGGAUUUUCCACACAUCAGAUCAGCCCUGCUUCCUGUUUUACAUCACAAAUCAAAAAAAGGACCCCCCCGGCAAGCCAAGUAUGCCAUUCAUUGUAUCCAUGCGAUAUUUUCUAGUAAAGAGACCCAGUUUGCACAGAUAUUUGAGAAUUUGAAUCUGUUAAAUCACCUUUUGCCUCUGCAUAAGAGCCUAGAUCCCAGCAACCUGGAGCAUCUCAUCACCCCGCUGGUCACCAUUGGCCACAUUGCUCUCCUUGCACCUGAUCAGUUUGCUGCUCCUUUGAAGUCUUUGGUAGCUACUUUCAUUGUGAAAGACCUUCUCAUGAACGAUCGGCUUCCAGGGAAAAAGACAACUAAACUUUGGGUUCCCGAUGAAGAAGUUUCUCCUGAGACGAUGGUCAAAAUUCAAGCUAUUAAAAUGAUGGUCCGAUGGCUCCUUGGAAUGAAAAAUAAUCACAGUAAAUCAGGAACUUCGACCUUAAGAUUGCUAACAACAAUACUGCAUAGUGAUGGAGACCUGACAGAGCAGGGGAAGAUCAGUAAACCAGAUAUGUCCCGUCUGAGACUUGCUGCUGCCAGUGCGAUUGUGAAGCUGGCACAGGAGCCGUGCUACCAUGAGAUCAUCACGCUGGAGCAGUACCAGCUGUGUGCCCUGGCUAUCAACGAUGAGUGCUAUCAAGUAAGACAAGUGUUUGCUCAGAAACUUCACAAAGGCCUUUCCCGAUUACGGCUUCCGCUGGAGUACAUGGCCAUCUGUGCACUGUGUGCGAAAGAUCCCGUAAAGGAGAGAAGAGCUCACGCCAGGCAGUGUCUGGUGAAAAACAUCAACGUCAGGCGCGAGUACCUGAAGCAGCACGCCGCCGUGAGCGAAAAAUUAUUGUCUCUUCUACCAGAGUAUGUUGUUCCAUAUACAAUUCACCUUUUGGCACAUGACCCAGAUUAUGUCAAAGUACAGGAUAUUGAACAACUUAAAGAUGUUAAAGAAUGUCUUUGGUUUGUUCUGGAAAUACUAAUGGCUAAAAAUGAAAAUAACAGUCAUGCAUUUAUCAGAAAGAUGGUAGAAAAUAUUAAACAAACAAAAGAUGCUCAAGGACCAGAUGAUGCAAAAAUGAAUGAAAAAUUGUACACUGUGUGUGAUGUGGCCAUGAAUAUCAUCAUGUCAAAGAGCACCACAUACAGUCUGGAAUCUCCUAAAGACCCAGUGCUUCCAGCUCGGUUUUUCACUCAGCCUGACAAGAACUUCAGUAACACCAAAAACUAUCUGCCUCCAGAAAUGAAAUCGUUUUUCACUCCUGGAAAACCUAAGACAACCAACGUUCUCGGCGCCGUUAACAAGCCACUGUCAUCAGCAGGCAAGCAAUCCCAGACCAAGUCGUCACGCAUGGAGACUGUGAGCAACGCCAGCAGCAGCUCAAACCCCAGCUCUCCUGGCAGGAUAAAGGGGAGGCUCGAUAGUUCCGAAAUGGAUCACAGUGAAAAUGAAGAUUACACAAUGUCUUCACCGUUGCCGGGGAAAAAAAGUGACAAGAGAGAGGACUCUGAUCUUGUAAGGUCUGAAUUAGAGAAGCCUAGAAGCCGGAAAAAAACGCCCGUUACAGACUCAGAGGAGAAGCUGGGUGUGGAUGACCUCAGCAAACUGGUCCAGGAGCAGAAGCCUAAGGGUGGUCAGCGUGGCCGGAAGAGGGGCCACACGGCCUCCGAGUCAGAUGAGCCGCAGUGGCCCGAGGAGAAGAGGCUCAAGGAAGACCUGUUAGAAAACGAAGACGAACAGAACAGUCCCCCAAAGAAGGGUAAAAGAGGCCGGCCACCAAAACCUCUUGGCGGAGGUAUCCCUAAAGAAGAACCAACAAUAAAAACUUCCAAAAAAGGAAGCAAAAAAAAAUCGGGACCCCCAGCAGCAGAGGAAGAGGAAGAAGACGACAGACAAAGUGGAAAUACAGAGCAGAAGUCCAAGAGCAAACAGCAUCGGCUGCCCAGGAGAGCGCAGCAGAGCAGAGCAGAAUCUCCUGAAACUAGUGCAGUUGAAUCCACACAAUCCACACCACAGAAAGGACGAGGAAGACCGUCAAAAACGCCAUCACCAUCACAACCCAAAAAAAAUGUCCGUGUGGGACGCUCCAAACAAGCCGCUACUAAAGAAAACGACUCGAGCGAAGAAGUAGAUGUGUUUCAGGGUAGCCCUCCUGCCAAUGACGAUAUCACACAGGAAGAAACCGAGGAGGAGGAAGUUUCUCCAGUGCGGCGGAGAAGCUCUAAAAGGGACAGACGAUGAACACGUGUAGCUAAGAACUCUCUUUUGAAAGCUUUGAAAAGAAUCAUUUUUUUUUUUGUCAAGCUUGAGGCUGAAUAAAGCUUUUGCUGCACAAAAUGGGACUGCUGAAGACUGGACAGUUGACCCUUCCUUCUCUGACCUCACACAUUUGCGGUCGCCGCUUCAGCCACGCGCAUGCUGACGGCAUUGACCCUGGAGUCUUGUGAAAGUGGGAUGUGCGAUGGCUGUGUAGACAAACUAAAGAAGAAACUUGUAAAUAUCCUUUUUUUUUUUUUUUUUUUUUUAGUGUUUCUGACUUCUCAAGUGCUUGUAUAGCUUUUAUCUGCGGCUUUAAACUGACAGUACCUGACUGUUUAUUGGAUCUAUUGAUUUGAAAAGAGUUUGUUAGGAUAGAUCGUAAGCAGUAACCUGUCAGUGUUUGUAUUUGUAUUCUCUGCAAUUUUACUGUGAAACGAAUUUUUCAACAAAUGGUGUCAUUUUCUUGAUGUCACUGUUUGUUGGGGAGUUCAGCGGUUUCUUCCCCUUUAGUGUAUACUCCCUGGGGUUUACUUCUGGGCACCCCUAUCUCCAGAGGUGCUAACUCGGCUGCCAUUACAGGCGAAUGAUGCCUCUCAUGGGAUGACACCGUGCAAAUUGCUAAGUAGUCCUUACAUUGUUCAAAUUAUUUUACACCUCAGUAUUGGUCCCAGAAUUUUCCGUCCUUCCAUGGCAAUGAAAAUUUAAGAAGAGAGAGAUUUAAAAUAUUUUAAUUUUAAAGAGUGUGUUAUAAAAUAAUGUACCGAAUUCUUUAUACCAUUUUAUCAUCCCUUUUCAGUUUUUAUUAAUCUACUGUAUCAAUAAAAUUCUGUAAUUUGAAUGAGUUUUUAAUAGUCUAGAAUGUUAUUGUGUAUAGAUAUUUCCUCCUGAGCAUUACGUUCAGAAAAUGCAAAUUAUUACACUAUAAUAUAAAAUCUGAUAUAUACACAUUAUAAAAUUCGAGUUUUCCAUACAGUGUAAAGUUGAUCAGAAAGAAAAAUUUUAUUGAUGCAGUGUAUCUUUAAAACGCUGUUCUUGAAAGCCAAGUGUUUUGUAUUUUAUAGUGAGUUGCAUGUUUAUGAAAAAAAGUGCUGAAAAUGGGAUGUGCUUUUUUCUGUAAAUUCGUAUUUAGCCAUAGUAUAUGAUAGAUUGCCCCAUAAUGUAGUUUUUCAUCAAGAGUUUAUUAUUGUACUUUAUUUUGGAGCCAAAAAAUUGUUUGGGGGGAAGGGUGGGAGUGAUAUAUCCAAGUAUAUCAGCUACUAUAGGUAUCACAAUCUUAUGAGCUUUGAAUAAAUUCCACUUUGUCCCGGUUGGGAGAAGUGGAAAUUUAUUUGGAUUUAGAGCAGAUUUUUUUUUUUUCCAUUGUUGUAAUCUGCAAAAUAUAGAAACAAAUUACUUAAGGCAGUAUCCUUUAUACAGUUGUAUAAACUGUAUUUUGAACCAAAACAUAGGUUACUACUUCAUGCUUAACUAAAUUUAUCUUAGUAUUUCAGGUGCUGUUUUAUUGGUUUCUUUGUGGUUGUCAACAUCGGAAAAGAAAAUCAUAUUCUAACUUAUUAAAUUUGUCACAUUGAAUGAUGGAGCAUUUUCAUAUAAUACACCAUUAUGCUUAAGGUAUAUUUCCAAGAUUGGUUAUACUAGAUAGGGGGAUGUAAUAAAGAAGCUACUAUUUUGGAAAAUGACAUUUUACUAUUUUCCAAUGUAUGUUGCAAUCGAUGUGAUUGUUUUUCUUUUAAAGAUUUCUUCAUGUUUAUGAAACAUCCUUUUAUUUCUUAAAAAAACGCUUUGAAUUCUGUUUUAAUCUCUCAGUAUUUAGUUAUUCUUCAUUCACAACAAUACUGACACCAGUGAUUAUGGGAGGCUGCUGUAUAUCAAGGCAGCUAAUGUUGGAUCAAGGUCCACUGGUUUUUCAAUGUUUCACUAGCUCAGUUCUCCCAAAUAGGCUGUUUCUAUUCAGCAGUACAAAGGCAUGUUUCUAAAUCUAUAAACUAAAGAAUAAGGGAUAGCUUUGUAUUUUUGUCGUUGACUAAAUUGCACCGGAAAUGUUUAUGGAAAUAUAUCUUUAAGACCAUUUUAUAAAACAUAUGAAAAAAUGAUCUUGAAACUGAUCGUGGAGGAUUUUUAUUUGCAUGAUCAUAGCUAACCAGAUUUCAUUACACGUCAGUGCUGUACAUCAGUUCACAAACAGUGUUCACUGUAGAUUUUGUUUAUAAUGCCACUGAGUCUGUGAUUUUACAACUUGUCUGUUGUACUUUUUUUGGGAGAAUUAUGUAAACUUUUCAUUAUUCUGUAGCAAGAUAGGUGCAAUAAUGAUCAAAGUUUGGAUGUCCUGAGUCUUCAUCUUACGGGAGCAUCUUACUGUGUUUAAGCUUAACAUUUCAUGUACUAACAUUUGGAGAGCCACACACUUUAGCUAGAAUAAGAUUGAGUCUGUAUAAAACAUAAAUUGCUAACAGUGGUUAGCAAAUGUCAGUGAUAAUGUUCAUUUUGAAAAUAUGUACUGUAUAACAUUAAGAAAAUAUUUAACUCACUGUAACAAGUCCCAUUAUGAAAAUCUUAGGAUUUCUCAGUGAGGUUGUCUUGCUGCACUCCGUAGCACAUGCGUUUAAUCCGCAGUGUAAUCAGAGCCCUUGCUGCAGUGCGACAGGAAGCUUCUUCAGUGAUCUCCACUGUAUAUGUAAAUUACAAACGUGGCUGUACAACUUGUGCCAGGUAUUAAAGGUUAAAUUACUUUCUGUAUCUUCUUACAACUUGUAAGUUUGAUUUUUAAGAUUUACUUUUGCCCACCUGAAGACGGUCAGGAAUUUAGGAACUUGUCUAACUUAGGCAUAUCUUCCCUGCCGCAUAGUAUUACGUUACCGUAACGAACCAUUGGUAUUUAAGUAGAUAACCAAUUUUCAGACACAGUUUUGGAUUUUCUGUGAAGUUGAAUAAACAUGAAAGUUAAUAUAACUUGUAUUAUUUUAUUUAUAUGAAUCAGUAUAUAUUUAAAUAUGUGUUCUAAAUAGAGAAAGUCACAUUUUGAUGAUUUUUAAAUUUUGGAGUCUUUGUUUAAGAAGAGGAAAUCUCUUUCCUAGUAACAUUUUUCAAACUUUUUGUUUAAACUUCUUGAUUGACAGAGAUUUAUUAAGUACCAUUUAAGUUAAAGAAUUGCAUAACUGAAAAAAAUAAACCUACAGUAUAAACUACAAAAAAAAAA